AUGGCUAUCUUGGUGGAGAACACUGAUGAUUCUAUUCAGAAAGAGGUUGUUGAUAUGCCUGUGGUUGAGAAUGCUGAAGAAGUGUCUGCAGAUCACCUUCCUUUUGCUAGGAGCUAUCAACUGGAUGCAGUGGAAAUGGCAAUGCAACAGAAUACCAUUGUGUUUUUGGAGACGGGUGCGGGGAAAACCCUGAUUGCUAUCAUGCUUCUCCGCAUAUAUGCUCACCAUUUGCGAAAACCCUCCACUUCCCUUGGUGUUUUUCUGGUUCCCACUGUGGUUCUGGUUUCACAACAAGCUGAGGUUGUGCAAAUGCAUACCGACUUAAAAGUGGGAAAGUAUUGGGGAGAAAUGGGAAUGGAUUUUAGGAAUGCUGAAGAUUGGAAGAAGCGACAGGACGAUUGCGAGGUGCUUGUGAUGACACCACAAAUAUUGCUUAAUGCCUUGAGGCACGGUUUUAUAAAGCUUGAGACGAUAAGGAUUCUAAUAUUCGAUGAAUGCCAUCAUGCUAGAGGCAGACACCCCUAUGCUUGCAUUAUGACAGAAUUUUAUCACCGUCAAGUGGAAUCUAAUAACUUGCAGCUUCCUAGGAUAUUGGGGAUGACCGCUUCCCUUAUCAACACUAGAGGUUCAAGUGAGGAAACUGGUUACUGGAAGCAAAUCAGCGAACUUGAGAAUCUAAUGCAUUCAAAGGUAUUCACCUGCAGUAGCGACUCUGAGAUGGCAGAGUAUAUUGCAACGUCAACUCCGAAGCUCAAGAUUUAUAGACAUGUGGAUAUUCCGCGCACGUUAUCAGAAAAUAUAGCUAUGGAGUUGAAGACUUUAAAAGAGAAGUUCCAAUGUGACAUUGAAAAAGCAAACCUGGAGGAGUUUCAAAAGGAAAAUACAAGGCAGAGGUUAUCUAAACUAUGUUCAACCGUCUCCUUUUGCUUGAGGGAACUCGGACUUUGGUUGGCCAUAAAGGCGGCAGAUUCUUUAUCAUCUCCAGAAAGCGAGAUGGUGGUAUGGGAAAAACUGCAUAAGUCUGGGGAGAGGAUAUUAACAGAUUUCUGCUCCGAUGUAUGCAAAGUUCUUUCUGGUUAUAUGCCUUCUGAUCCUAACUGGUCUAUAAGGGAUGAUAUGGAGGCCAAUGUGUUAGAUGGUUAUCUUUCAACGAAAGUUAUCUGUCUCUUUGAAUCUCUUCUCGAACGCAGGGAAUUAGAAGACUUGAGAUGUAUAGUCUUUGUAAAAAGGGUUAUAACGGCAAAUGUACUUUGUCGCCUUUUGAAUGUUUUGCUUCCUGACCUUACUGGAUGGAAAACAGAAUAUAUGGCAGGCAAUAAUACUCCACUUCAGUUGCAGAGUAGGAAGGCCCAAAAUAAAAUUGUUGAAGAAUUUCGCAAGGGGACGGUGAACAUUAUUGUUGCAACAUCAAUUCUUGAAGAAGGGUUGGAUGUACAGAGCUGCAAUCUGGUUGUAAGGUUUGACCUAUCAGCUACAGUGUGCAGUUUUAUUCAGUCCCGAGGUCGGGCUAGGAUGCAGAACUCAGAGUUUCUGCUAUUGGUUAAAAGUGGGGAUAAAACUUCGCUUGCUAGGGUAGACAACUACCUUGCUAGUGCACAAGUGAUGAGGCAGGAAUCCUUGCGCCAUGUUACAGUGCCUUGUCAACCACUUGAUACUAAAAUUUAUAAUGAAGUGUUCUACCGAGUUGACUCCACAGGUGCUAUUGUAACACUGAGUUCCAGCGUGUCUCUGAUCUACUUCUAUUGCUCUCGCCUACCUUCUGACGGAUACUUUAAACCCUUUCCGAGAUGUAAGAUUGACAAGGAGUUGGGAACAUGCACCUUAUAUCUCCCUAAAAGUUGCCCAUUACCUAGUGUUACCGUUUCUGGGAAUGCAAAAACACUGAAACAACUUGCAUGCCUGGAAGCAUGCAAAAAGUUGCAUAUAAUUGGAGCGUUAUCGGACAAUCUUGUACCAGAUUUGGUGGAAGUAAAAGAUGCUGAGGAAAUGGGUCACCUGGAAGUACACGAUGAACAUGAUAGCUAUGUUCCAUCAGAACUUGUUGGUCAAGUUCUACAGAAUGGUGUGAAAACAUAUCACUGCUACGUGCUGCAGUUGGAAAGAAGUUUUAGCUAUGAUAUUAAAAUGGAUCAUCUAAUACUUGCUGCUAGUAAUGAGCUUAAUUUUGAUGAUGGCAAAAACAUCGCAUUUGAAUUGGAGGUUGAUAGGGGAAGUUUGACAGUUCACAUCAAAUACGCUGGAACUAUAAGUCUCACAUCUAAACAGGUUCACGUGUGCCAGCAGUUUCAAGUAAAAGUUUUCAAAUUUCUCUAUAACAAAAAGAAGAUCCUUGAUGUUUUUCACCCGUGGAACGACCUCACUGUUUAUGACUAUCUCCUGCUACCAACUACUGGCUCACUGCAGUCACUUCAUAUUGACUGGAAAUGUGUCUAUUCGGUCCUGUUCAAAAGCAAAAAUAUCUGCCAUGAUAACACAAGUUGCCCCUUGCCCAAAGACCAAUAUAAUAUUCUGCACACAAGGGAUGGUCUGGUCUGCAGGUGUGUUCUAGAAAAUUCUUUGGUAUGCACACCUCACAAUGGUUAUAUAUACUGCAUUCUGGGCACAUUAGACGAUACGACUGGAAGUUCAGUGUUGAAAUUAAAAGACGGAGAAUCUAUAUCUUACAAAAACUACUACGACAAAAGGCAUGGCAUUGAAUUGCGAUUUGAGCGAGAACAUUUUCUUAAAGGAAGACAUAUUUUUCCGGUACAGAAACACCUUCAUAAGUUUAAAAGGCAGAAGGAACAAGUUGUAGAACAAAGCAAUGCAACUGUGAAAUUGCCUCCUGAACUUUGUUCCAUUAUCAUGUCACCUAUUUCUGCCGGCACCUUUUAUACGUUUUCUUUUGCCCCAGCAAUCAUGCAUCGAAUAGAAUCUUUGCUCAUUGCUAGCAGCUUGAAAAAGAUGCAUGCAGAUUACUGUAACCAAAAUGCAAUUGCUACAACUAAGAUUCCAACCACGAAGGUGUUGGAAGCUAUUACUACUAAGAAGUGCCUUGAGAGUUUUGAUUUGGAGUCACUGGAGACUCUAGGAGAUUCUUUUCUUAAAUACGCUGCUUGUCAGCAGGUGUUUAAAAUGCACCAAGAUAAACAUGAAGGCAUUCUUAGUAUAAAGAAAAAUAAAAUUAUAUCUAAUGCUAACCUAUGCAAGCUCGGGUGCAGCCGUAAACUCCCGGGUUUGAUACGUAAUGAACCCUUUGAUCCCAAACUGUGGAUCAUUCCUGGUGAUCAAAUGGAGGCUUUUCAUGAAGUUCAACUAUGCAGUGCAACCAAUGUAUUCACCAAAGGAGUACGUAAAAUUAAAAGUAAGGUUGUAGCUGAUGUUGUUGAGGCAUUGAUUGGUCUAUUUCUCAGCAGUGGCGGUGAAAUCGCAGCGUUGUCAUUCAUGAAUUGGAUUGGCAUUGAGGUUGAUUUUUCCAAUAUACCAUAUAAUAGGAGCUUUUCAGCACAUCCAGAAGAGCUUCUUAAUGUUAGCUCUCUUCAGUCCAUACUUAAGUACUCGUUUAGUGAUGCUUCACUACUUGUUGAAGCAUUAACGCACGGUUCUUUCAUGCUACCCCAAGUUCCUCAGUGUUAUCAGCGUCUAGAGUUUCUUGGAGAUUCUGUACUGGAUUAUAUGAUAACCAUGCAUCUGUACAAUAAAUACCCAGGAAUGUCACCUGGAUUGCUAACUGAUCUGAGAUCAGCUUCUGUAAACAAUGAUUGUUACUCUUUAUGUGCGAUUAAGGCCGGAUUGCAGAAGCACAUUCUUCAUGCUUCUCAAAAACUUCACAGGCAAAUAGAGUCCUCUGUUCAGAAUUUAGAUCCAUUAUUAAUGGGAGCAACAUUUGGAUGGGAGUCAGAAAAUUCUCUUCCCAAGGUUCUUGGAGAUGUAAUUGAAUCUCUAGCUGGGGCAAUAUUAGUUGAUUCUGGAUAUAAAAAAGAUAUUGUAUUCGAGAGCAUAAGGCCGCUUUUGGAACCCUUGGUUUCUCCUGAGACGAUCAAGUUUCAACCCGUGAGAGAAUUGCAACAGUUGUGCCAAAAAGAGAAUUACGCGUUAAAAAAGCCUGUUGUGUCAACUGACAAUGGUGCGGCAACUGUUACAGUUGAGGUUGAAGCCAAUGGCGUCAUACACAAAGAGUCAUGCAGUGGUCCAAAUAAGGCAGAAGCCAAGAAACUUGCUUCAAAAGCUGUUUUGAGGUUGUUAAAGGAGAGCAUGUCCAGCAAACUACACCCUCCUCCUUAUCUUUCAUCUCCCAAGCGUAAAAGGCGAAAGGAAGAGGAGUGAAAGAGUAAUGAUAACUUUGUAUGCUUCACUACUGUGAGUUCCUCGUAUAUAUGUUGAACUUUGGUACUGAAUUCACAUGAGUUUUGCAAUCUUUCAUUAAAAAGGAUUUUAUUUUUGUUUUUUGUCAAACUCUUGUUAGUAGUGUUAGGAUGAGAAUUGUUGAAAAUGAC